AGUGUGACUGUGAGCGAUAUCUGUUCCACAGCCAAACCAACAUGGCGUCUCACGCAUCAAGGGCAGCCGCGGUUGCCAGACAAGUAAAACCGAUGAUGUCCAACAACCCAGAGGCAGCCAGAAGACGGGUUAUUCAGCUUUAUAAAGCCUGGUAUAGAGAAAUACCAGAAACAGUGAGGCAAUUCCAGCUGGACCUUACGGUGAAGCAGUGCCGAGAAAAGCUCCGUGAGAUGUUCAUGAAGAACGCCCACGUCAAAGACCCUCGCGCCAUCGAUCUGCUAGUCAUCAAGGGCAAAAUGGAGCUGGAAGAGACAAUUCAAGUUUGGAAACAGCGGACACACGUUAUGCGGUACUUCCAGGAAUCAGAGAAACCACCCAAGACAGAUUUCUUAUCCAAAUUCUACGAGGGAAAAGAUUGAUGAGUUGCCUGUAACUAGCCAUGUGUGUUUGGAUUUUAGGAAUAGAUUGUCAGUUGUUCCCUAAUCCAAUGAUUCUUUUUGUUUUUUAGACUAUUCUCAGCUCAUGAAGAUCUCACAUGAAUGCUGUGAUUUGUUUACUUUAUCUAGAGAAUAUGCAAAACAAAUAUUUCCAGAACUCAAUUUGCACCCCCCCUCCCAGAUUCUAGAAAUUCAUCAGGAAGCUUUAGGGGAGUCUGCCAUGUUCAGGAUGGUGGCGCCUGGUGACUUACUCUACCUGGGUCUUGAUGCUUGUAAACUUCAAAGGACAAUUGCUUUCCUCAGUUGCUACCCAGUGGAGGGUUUUUUUGAGGACUCAAAAGGGUUCUUGGCAAAAUAUCACUUGGGAGUUGUGAAUUUAAUUGUCUCGUGGGUAGGCACAAUUCAAGGUUGAACAUGAAAUGUUUUUAUGUAUAACCAAUGCAUGAACACGUAAAAAAUGAGUUUCCUAUCAAAGAUUUGAAUGUGUUCUACACGUACUUCAGUUGUCAUACUGAGCAAGUCCCAAUGUGCUAAAUGCGAAUAAUGCAUGUUAACCCUAACCCUCUUGAAUCCUUCACCUGUUGGAGGAUUGAGGAGGGUUAGGGUUAAUGAGCGUGCAUUGGUAUGAAUAAUGGCAUGAGGUGACAGGUGAAAUGUUCCAUUUCACGAGGCAAGGCAGAGUGGAAUGGAACAUUUCAUCCAUCUCCGAAUGAAAUGGUUCUUACCAUUGCACGAAUGUGAAACAUCCAUUAUUUGUUUUACGUAAUACCUGCACAAAUAUGAAUACAAGAAUAGGUCCCGAUUGCAUAUUAACGUACGUCAUUUUGCAAAACAGAUUUGUGUCCAGAGCGCUACCCACUAUACCUUGCAAUGUUUCCGUCCCUACGUUAUUUUCCUCUCUCUGACUGGGAACGAGAUAUGAAAUGGGGCUGGAACUGGUCAAGUGAAAGAAGUCAAAGGGUGCCAUUGAAUAGAACGAAUAAUUCAAUGGCGUGAUAAAUAAUCCACUAAUCAGAGAACGGGGACCUAUGCAGGUAUUGCAUAGUACCCAUUGCCAGAUUCUUGGAGUAUUUUGAUGGAUGUAAGCCCAAACCAACUGGAAUCCAUGUCUGCCUAGGGAAUUAUAUGAAUGACUUUGAGUUUAAUUUGUAUGCAUUUGUUGUCCAUUGUAAGGUUUACCAGAGUUUAACUGACAAAAUAAACUUUAUUAGUCUUUAUUACACAACUGUUCCAUGGUCACAACUUUCUUCAUUAAAACAUGUUGUACCCUGAGGCUGCUCAA